AGCGAUCUACCCUACAUGAUGCCAUGGCCAGCUUCGCGGGAUGGUGCGUGUAUGUUAUGAUUCUGAUUUAGCGGUUGAUGAUAUGCUCCUGCGGGAGCAUACAAUCUUUAGAUAUUAAACCUUUCGCUUCUAAUCGUAAAAGUGCUUCCCCGCGACUUUUGACGCGAUGUAAAUCCUUCGGUGUUUUUCUCUCUCUAAAGUGAUCGCUUUCUCGUCAUUUCGGAGGCCUCUCUCUCUCUAACGCCAUCUCUCUCUCUCUCUAAAUCUCAACAAUCCUUGUUUGGUCUAUUGAGGAAUUCAUUGUUCUGAAACGACAUGGAGGAGCCUCCUCCCUUCCAGGAAGCCUCACGCUGUGACGUCUGCAAAUGCAGCUUCAAUACUUUCAGGCGCAGACACCAUUGCCGCUGCUGCGGUAGGACAUUAUGCAAUGAGCAUUCAUCAAAUCAAAUGGCCUUGCCACAAUUUGGCAUAAACUCCAAUGUCAGAGUCUGCUCCAACUGCUUCAAUGGGGCUUCACGGUCGGAUAUCAAUGAAUCACAAACUACUUCAGAAGGGAUGGAUGCCACAACAAAUAUGGUUUCAAGGUUACAUAUCAGUGAAGAAGCCAUUGACGUACAAGCCGAACCAGCUAAAGAGCGCUCUCAAGUAGAUCUUCCAGAGUGCAAGUGUGGAAUGCCCUUAUGUAUAUGUGUAACUCCUGCCUCAGAUCCUACCCCUUCACAGGAUGUGAUGCAGGUCCACACCACAGUAACACCAAGAGUUCACCCAACAACAAAACCAAAGAAAGCUAUCAACAUACAAGCAACAGCAGACUCAACUGUGAAGAACAUGAAUACUGCUGUGAACAACAAACCGAGUAUGUUUUUCUCUCUUGGGCAAGCAAUUGAUGGAGACUUCGAUAAACAUUGUGCGCAAUAUGACUGUAAUGGGGAGGGGUUAAGGGAAGCGAUUAAGAAUAAUGAUGCCCAAGUGGUAAAAAAACUUCUCAGUGAGGGUGUAGAUCCAAACUAUUGUGACAGGCAAGGAAUGUCACUGCUACACCUGGCUGCCCUUUUCAAUCACACUGAAAUCACAUUCAUCCUCAUGGACCAUGGAGCAAGCACAGAGCGUAAGAAUGCACAGGGGGAAACACCAGUAGAUUGUGCACCUACAAUGUUGCAGUACAAGAUGCGGAAGAAGUUGGAGGAAGGCUCAUCGAAAUAAAUAAGUGUCCUAGCAUCUGUAUUCCAAUGUCCUUGUUAUGAGAGAGAGAGAGAGUGAGAGUGAGAGAGAUGCUGAUAAUCAUUUUACACAGGCUCUUUUGUAUGGAAUUUGAGUUUGUAGCAUUGGAAUUGCAUUUAUCAUUUGGUUUGCUAUUCCAGGAAGUUUAAGAUUGGAAUUUAAAUACCAGUGUGAAUAUUAUAGCACAAGCAUAUGAUAAUUUUCAAUUGCAGAGAUAU